AUGGGUGAUAAUUCUGAUGUUGAGAUAGUCAUAAACUGCAAUGUGGACUAUGUGGAUGCAUCCAAUAUGUGUAGGGACCUCGGUUUGACUCCUAAACACGUUGUGAGCAAUCAUUCCACUGGAGAAAAACCGGCCCCGUCAUGCGAGAUGGACGACACUAUUUGCGAAGCGUUUUUAGAACAGAGAUAUAGCUGCUCUUGCGAGUCUCUACUGGGACAACAACAACAAUCUCCAAAAAACAGUGAAUCAUAUUCUCAGAGAGCAAUCAAGUCGAUAUUCCCUUCUCCCUUCAUCUCAGAGUUUAAACGUGACACUCCCGAGAUCGAAUCGGAAUACCUCAAAUACAAAUACUCCUUUAUCCCCUCCGAUCAAAUCAUGUCCGCUUUUAUUCGCAGCAAAAACGACUACGACGCCUGCGUGCAGCUCAUCGAGACCGAGUUCAAGGCGCAGAUCCACGCGCACUGGACGGAAUACUCGCUUUUCAAGCGGAAAUACCAGAAUUGCAGCCAUCGCUAUGUCGUAAACGAGCUCAAAAAGCAGGUCACGUACUGCAAACCCAUCCAGAUCGAAGACGACGAAGAGUAUUCGCCGCCUUCGUACGUGUCACAGGACACGAUGAUGAGCACCGCGAAGCGACACGAGGUUUGGAAGUGCCAGCAGAAUCUGCGCGUGCUGCAGAAUAAGCGAGCAGAGGAGUGUCGUGGUAAUGGGAAGUAUUUAGACUCAACCACGCGGGCGAUCGCGCGACAGAAAGAGCAGUGCAGUCUCUCAAACGAAGAGGCGGGUCGUGUGAUUUUUCAGCAGCAUAACGGAACGAAUUCGCUGCAUGGGUAUAAUAUCGAUUUUCAUGGACUGCAAGUGCGCGAGGUGGAGAGUUAUAUGGACAAGAUUUUGGAGAUUGGGAGAAAACGGAAGUCGCGCACUCGUGUUACCGUGAUCACCGGAUCGGGAAACCAUUCGACGAACAACAUCUCAACGAUUCGAAGGUAUAUUCAAAACCGUUUGCAGAGAGAAAACUGCCCUUAUACUAUUAAUGGAGCCUAUUUGACUUUCACUUGCUAG